AUGUUCUCCAGCACUCUGGCCCAAGACGCGGGGGCUUCUUUCACACGCUCUAGCGACUUCCGAUUCCACCAGACAGACCAGCAGCGAUCUAGGAAUUGGUCGCUGUCUACAGGGCGCAACAUCUUUCUGUCGCAACUCCAAUUCCCAUCAUGGCAAGGUGGCUCGAGAAACGAGGAGCGCUCCUUCGGCGAGAGCCGCCUGCAGAGCUCUCAGGACCUGCCCGAAGCGCCUUCAUCGAUCGAGCAAGCCAUCCCACUACUUUGUGUCCCCAGCGGAACUCAAGGAGUCAACGGACGGAACGGUAUAGCUCACAAUCGUGCAAUCCCUCAAGCCCAUGGGGCUAUCGAUUCGUUCGCCUUGUCGAACACUGGUCUCGACGUCGAAGCAGGCGAUAAUGGAUCCGUACGGGGCGCACAGGGAUUUCCCCACGGUCCGUUCUCUAGUGCGGAAGUCCUUUCGCAUUGA